AUGAUCAGUGUGUUUCGCCCCGUUUCCGAUGCCGCUGCCUCCGUCUAUACCCUGAACUACACCACAGAAAGCCUUACUAGAGAUGUAGAUGUGAAACCUAUUCAUUCGCACAAUGACUACUGGAGACACCGUCCAUUAUUUGAUGCAUUGAGCUUUGGUUGUGCCAGUGUUGAAGCCGAUGUGUGGAUUUUUGACAAGAACUACACCGUGGUACCGGAAACAGAAACCACCUCCACAAAAGAAUUUGGUGAUAAUGAAGUCUACGUUGGUCACAAUCAGCUUUAUUUGCAACCUAAUAACACUCUCUGGAGUCUUUAUUUGGGACCUAUUUACAGUUUUUUGAACUCGGUGAACCCAGCAUUUCGCUACAAUGACGGUUCGAACCAGCUGGCUCUUCUUGGAGACACAACCACAAAGCAUGGUUUAUUCUACAACUCGCCGGAGGUGCCAUUGCACAUUUUAUUCGAUGUCAAAACAGAAGCCAAUUCCACCUAUGCCGCUUUGAAAUCACAGAUCCAACCUUUUAUCGAUGCGCAGUACCUCACCCACUACGAUACAACUCAAAAAAAAUGGAUUCCUGGUCCAUUGACCAUCACCAUCUCUGGUAACCAGGCCACCGAAUUGGUCAAAGAAGAAACUGUUCGCUACAUGUUUCUCGAUAGCCCGCUUGUCAACAUGAAGUCCAACGCCAGCACGGAGUCUUUGCAAGAAUACAGCCAAUUGGCGGUAAUUGCAAGCGCUUCUCUUGAGCAAUUGCUCGGCAAAAAUUUGUAUGCUCUGGUAGCUACCCAAGAAUUGGGCGACCAGGCUAAAACCACCCUCAAAAAUUACUUUGACACAGCUCACAAGUUAGGUCUCAAGACCAGAAUAUGGGGAGGAAACACCUGGCCCAUCCAUAUUAGAAAUGCCCAGAUGAGCACCUUGUGGGAACUCGGAUGCGACUUGGUCAACGCCGACGAUCUUGAGUACGCCGCCAAGCAGUUCUAA